AAAAAACAAAACAUGGAAUAUUCGAAGAUUUAAUCACUUGACAUAACAUCGCAAAUGAAGGAGCAAUUCGAAUGAAGUCGACAUUCACAUCGCAAAGACUGCUUGGAGUGGAAGUCUCCAAGGCGCUCGCCGGCAACUGCCAUCCAAGAUGUCUGCUUCGUGUGUGCUCCCCAUGUGUGUGCGAGCGAGCCGGGGCCUCCUCAGGCUCCGCGGCGAGGUGGACUUCGUACGCACGCUGUCCACGAACAAACCGCCGGCCGGUCACGACGGUGCGACGGGCGGGCUAGCCCAAGCCAUUCUCCAGGAGCGGCUCCAACAACAGAGUCAGGGUCAGCCCCCUCCCGCGCCUGCAGAGGGCGCCCAAAGCGCGGGUGAGCAGGCGGGUGGCGACAAGAAGCAGAAGGAGAACACGGCCUACGCCAAGAAGAUGGUGUUGAGGUUAGCGGGCCUCAUGGGCCUAGGAGGCGCCGUUAGCGUCGUCUACAUAUUCGGGACCAAUUCGGUGGACGAGCACGGAAAGGCGAUUCCUGAUGAGUUCGACAAAGAUCCGCCAGUGGUCCAACAGUUGAAGAGAACCGUCAAGUACUUCCAAGACUACAGACAGAUGAUCAUCGAGCCCACCAGUCCCAAACUUCUGCCAGAUCCAUUGAAGGAGCCUUACUACCAACCACCGUACACGCUGGUCCUGGAGCUCACCGACGUUCUGCUCCACCCCGAGUGGUCGCUGGCAACCGGCUGGCGCUUCAAAAAAAGGCCGGGCAUCGACUAUCUCUUCCAGCAGCUGGCGCCACUCUACGAGAUCAUCAUCUUCACUGCCGAGACCGGCAUGACGGCAUACCCGUUGAUCGACGGCAUCGACCCGCAAGGUUUUGUCCUCUAUCGCCUCUUCAGAGACGCCACGCGAUACAUGGAGGGACAUCAUGUCAAGGACGUGUCGUGUCUGAACCGCGACGGGAGCAAAGUGAUCGUGGUGGACUGCAAGCGCGAAGCUUUCCGCCUGCAGCCCUUCAACGGGAUGGCGCUCAAGAAGUGGGACGGCAACUCGGACGACCGCACGCUCUACGACCUGGCCCACUUCCUCAAGACCAUCGCGCUGAGCGGCGUGGAGGACGUGCGCUCGGUGUUGGAGAACUACGCCACCGAAGACGACCCCAUCGACGCCUUCAAGCGGAGGCAGGCUCAGUUGGCGCAGGAGGAAGAGCAACGCGCGGGCGACGGGUCGCAGCCCAAGAAAUCGGGAUUGUCCCUGGGAUCCAUCGCGUCCCGCUUCUGGCGCUCCAAACAGCAGUGAGCGGUCGCCGACGGCGUCGGAGAAGCGCUCCCGAAAGCUUUGGCGGGCCCCUCCCCCUCCGUUAGGAACGCGGCUUCCGAUUGGACGAGCAGGAGGCGGGGCGGCGCCGGAUCGGCUCGUCCGGAAGGGACGAAACGACGACGGCGGAUGAUGUCAUCGCCAGCGGAUGGGAUCAUGUGACCAUUUUUUUCUUAUUUAAGAACUGUUUUUUUUUUUUUUUUUUUUUCCCUUUUUGUCGCAGAUCGCCUGAUGACAUCAUCAAUAAAAGGAACCAAUCAGACACCAGCGCCCCUUUUGUGUUGUUGCCGAGCGGAAAGCCGCAAUGAUCGUGCCGCGUUAAUGGUUUUUUUCCAGCUAGCGCCUCUUUAACGAGCCCGUAAAGUCGAGCGCCAACGCUCGUUAAGACGGCUUCAUCAGAACCAAUCAAACGCAGGAUGUUGUCGAAAGCGCUUUGAUCGGUGUUUAACUCUUUCAGCGCCAUUGACGGUGAUAGACGGCCAAUCACGUGGCUUGAGUUUGUCACAAGUAGACGUGAUUGGACGUCUAUCACUGUCAAUGGCAGCAAAUGGAUGUACUACAUUUAAUAGGACAAGUGACUAUUUUCGGUAAUAUAAAACAUUUAAAUAUUAUUAAAAAUGACACUAUCAUGUUAUUGUUUUUAUUAUUUUUAUUGUAUUUUUUUGUUUAUAAACACAUUUAUAAAUGAAUAAAAGGUAAUAAAAACUACAUUUAUUCGGAAAUGCAAUUUCCUGUAUGUUUCAGGUCACUUUUCAGGUUCAAUUCUAGGUGACUUCCUUUUAUUUUGAUGCAUGUAUGGGUCACUUCCUGUUUAUUUCAGCUCACUUGCUGUUCAUUUUGAUGGAAUUCCAGGUCUUUUCCUGUUGAAUUUUGGUCACUUUAUUUUGGUUUUGGAGCAUUUUGUAGGCCACUUCCUGUUUAUUUUGGGCCACUUCCUGUUCAUGGUAGAUCAUUUCUGGGUGACUUCCUGUUUGUUUCGGGUCACUUUCUUUUGGUUUGGGAGCAUUUUGUGGGUCAUUUUGUGCCAAUUGUGGGUUCUUGGGUCACUUCCUGUUUAUUUUGGGGGGGUUCUUGAGUCAUUUUCUAUUGAUCUUGGGUAACUUCCUGUUGAUUUUGGGUCACUUCCUGUUCUUUUGGGUCAUUUCCAGGUGACUUCCUGAUGAUUUAGGGCUGUUACUGGGUAACUACCUGUUUAUUGUGGGUCAUUUCUAGGUGACUUAAUGUCCAUUUUGGGUCACUUGCUUUUGCUGGGUUUUCGGGUCACUUUCUAUUGAUCUUGGGUUACUUCCUGUUGAUUUUUGAGUUGUUCCUGGGUAACUUCCUAUUUAUUUUGGGUCACUUCCUGCUAUUGUGGGUCAUUUCCAGGCGACUUUGUCGAUUUAGGUCUGUUCCUGGGUCACUUCCUGUUUAUUUUGGGUCACUUCCUAUUUAUUGUGGGUCAUUUCCAGGUGACUUCCUGUUCUUUUGGUGUCACUUCCUGUGGAUUUUGGGCUGUUCCUGGGUCACUUCCUGUGGAUUUUGGGUCACUUUCCUGUUUAUUGUGGGUAAUUUCCAGGUCACUUCCUUUUCUUUUUGGGUCACUUCCUGUUAAUGUAGGGCUGUUCCUAGGUCACUUCCUGUUCAUUUUGGGUCACUUCCUGUUGCUUUGGUGGGAUUUUUCCGGUCACUUUCUAUUGAUUUUGGGUCAUUUCCUGUCGAUUUUCGGCUGUUCUUGGGUAACUUCCUGUGGAUUUUGGGUCACUUUACUGUUUAUUGUGGGUCAUUUCCAGGUCACUUCCUUUUUUUUUUUGGGUCACUUCCUGUUGAUUUAGGGCUGUUCCUAGGUCACCUCCUGUUCAUUUUGGGUCACUUCCUGUUGCUUUGGUGGGAAUUUCCGGUCACUUUCUAUUGAUUUUGGGUCACUUCUUGUCGAUUUUGGGCUGUUCCUGGGUCACUUCCUGUUGAUUGUGGGUCAUUACUAGGUGACUUCCCGUUCCUUUUGGGUCACUUCCUUUUGAUUUAGGGCUGUUCCUAGGUCACUUCCUGUUUAUUUUGGGUCACUUCCUGUUUAUUGUGGGUCAUUUCCAGGUGACUUCCUGAUGAUUUAGGGCUGUUACUGGGUCACUUCCUGUUUAUUGUGGGUUAUUUCUAGGUGAGUUAAUGUCCAUUUUGGGUCACUUCCUGUUGCUUUUGCGAGGUUUUCGGGUCACUUUCUAUUGAUCUUGGGUUACUUCCUGUUGAUUUUUUAGCUGUUUCUGGGUAACUUCCUGUUUAUUUUGGGUCACUUCCUGUUUAUUCUGGGUAAUUUCUAAGUGACUUCCUGUUGAUUUUGGGCUGUUCCUGGGUCACUUCCUGUUGAUUGUGGGUCAUUACUAGGUGACUUCCCGUUCCUUUUGGGUCACUUCCUUUUGAUUUAGGGCUGUUCCUAGGUCACUUCCUGUUUAUUUUGGGUCACUUCCUGUUUAUUGUGGGUCAUUUCCAGGUGACUUCCUGAUGAUUUAGGGCUGUUACUGGGUCACUUCCUGUUUAUUGUGGGUUAUUUCUAGGUGAGUUGAUGUCCAUUUUGGGUCACUUCCUGUUGCUUUUGCGAGGUUUUCGGGUCACUUUCUAUUGAUCUUGGGUUACUUCCUGUUGAUUUUUUAGCUGUUUCUGGGUAACUUCCUGUUUAUUUUGGGUCACUUCCUUUUUAUUCUGGGUAAUUUCCAAGUAUCUUCCUGUUGAUUUUGGGCUGUUCCUGGGUCACUUCCUGUUGAUUGUGGGUCAUUACUAGGUGACUACCUGUUCUUUUUGGGUCACUUCCUUUUGGUUUAGGGCCAUUCCAAUGUCACUUCCUGUUUAUUUUUGGUCACUUACUGUUCAUUGUGGGUCAUUUCCAGGUGACUUCCUGUUCAUUUUGGGUCACUUCCUGUUGCUUAUAGGGGAUUUUCUGGUCACUUCCUGUUGAUUGUGGGUCAUUAAUAGUUGACUACCUGUUCUUUUUGGGUCACUUCCUGUCAAUUUAGGGCUGUUCCUUGUUCACUUCCCCUUUGAUUUUGUGUCCCUUCCUGUUUAUUGUGGGUAAUUUCCAUGUCACUUGCUGAUGAUUUAGGGCUUUUACUGGGUCACUUCCUGUUUGUGGGUCAUUUCCCGGUGACUUAAUGUCCAUUUUGGGUCACUUCCUGUUGCUUUUGCGGGGUUUUCGGGUCACUUUCUAUUGAUCUUGGGUUACUUCCUAUUGAUUUUUGAGCUGUUCCUUGGUGAAUUCCUGUUUAUUUUGGGUCACUUCCUGUUUCCAGGCGGCUUUUUGUCGAUUUAGGUCAUUUCCAGGUGACCUGCAGCUUGUUUAGGGUCACGUCCUCUUCAUUUUUGUGUCAGUUCUGUUGAUUUCACUUUCUGUUAAUUUUGGGUGACUUCCUGUUUUUGUGGGUCAUUUCCAGGUGACUUCCUGUUCAUUUUGGGUCACUUCCUUUUGCAUUUAAGGGAGGGGUCACUUUCUAUUGAAUUUGGGUCAGUUCCUGUCAAUUGUGGGCUGUUACUAGGUAACUUCCUGUUUAUUUCUCUUCCUGUUUAUUGUUGGUCAUUUCCAGGUGACUUCCUGUUUAUUUUUGGUCACUUCCUGCUUAUUAUGGGUCAUUUCCAGGGGGCUUUCUGUCGAUUUGGUCACUUCCUGUUGAUUUAGGGCUGUUCCUUGGUCACUUCCUGUUUAUUUUGGGUCGCUUUCUGUUCAUUUUGGGUCACUUCCUGUUGUUUUUGGGGGGGGGGGUUCCGGUCACUUUCUAUUGAUUUUGGGUCACUUCCUGUCGAUAUUGGGCUGUUCCUGCGUCACUUCCUGUCAAUAUUGGGCUGUUGCUGUGUCAUUUCCUGUGGAUUUUGGGUCACUUAACUGUUUAUUGUGGGUCAUAUCCAGGUCACUUCCUUUUAUUUUUGGGUCACUUCCUGUUGAUUUAGGGCUGUUCCUGGGUCACUUCCUGUUGUAGGUCAUUUCCAGGUGACUUACAGUAAUGUCCAUUUUGGGUCACUUCCUGCUGCUUUUGCAGGGUUUUCGGGUUACUUUCUAUUGAUCUUGGGUUACUUCCUGUUUAUUUUUGAGCUGCUCCUGGGUAACUUCCUGUUUAUUUUGGGUCACUUCCUGCUUAUUGUGGGUUAUUUCCAGGUGGCUUUCUGUUCUUUUGGUGUCACUUCCUGUUGAAUUUGGGCUGUUGCCGCGUCACUUUCCUGUUUAUUAUGGGUCAUAUCCAGGUCAUUUCCUUUUCUUUUUGGGUCACUUCCUGUUGAUUUAGGGCUGUUCCUAGGUCACUUCCUGUUUGUUUUGGGUCGCUUUCUGUUCAUUUUGGGUCACUUCUCGUUGCUUUGGGGGGGGAUUUUCCGGUCCCUUUCUAUUAAUUUUGGGUCACUUCCUGUCGAUUUUGGGCUGUUCCUGCAUCACUUCCUGUUGAUUGUUGGUCAUUACUACGUCACUUCCUGUUUUGGGUCGCUUUCUGUUCA